GGGGCGGGACCGACUAGCAAACUGUUGCAUUUGCUCUCCACCUCCCAGCGCCCCUUCCGAGAUCCCAGUGAGCCAGCGUGCUGGGAGAGCUGGAGGGUCCGGAGCAAAGGCAGAGGCAGAAGAGGCAACAGAGGAAAGCGACCUAGACAGCCACUCCAGUGCAGGACAGGCGCUUAAGGGACGUACGGCGUCAACCCCAGCUGGGCUUCAGCGACAGCGAACGCUUCUUGCAGUGCAGCGGCUCGAAGCCGCCGCCCCAGAGCUGCCCUUUCCUCUUCGGUGAAGUUUUUAAAAACAGCUAGAGACUCGGAGGAAGCGAGGAAAGUGCCGGGUAGGACUGAGGGCUGCCUUUGUCCUCCUCCCCUUCACCCCGCCCCCCCACCCUCCUUUUCUGUUGCUGCCUCUGCCAGCUCCUCUCUGCCCGUCCCCCUACCCUCCCCGCCCCCAGUCGGCCCAACGCUGCCAGCCCGAGUUUGCAGAGAGGUAACUCCCUUUGGCUGCGAACAGGCGAGCUAGCUGCACGUUGCAAAGAGGCUUUGGGGAGCCGGGCAACCAGUGAGCCGCUUCAGCACUGCAGCUGGGACCCGGCUAGUUAGGCGGUACGCGGGGCGGGCCCCCAGGUUCCCCUCAUUUCCUUUCCACCUCCUACUGCACGCAGCAGCCGGCCCGGUUUGCAGGACCAUAGACCAAACAAUGAAAGGCCAGAGGGCAGUGGGGGCUUCAGUAGACGAUUAAAAACGAAAACAAAAACAACCAAACCUAACCAAACAAACCCUCAAACCCAAAAUAAAGCAUAAAGAGAAUAACCCGGUUCCUACUUGCACCUGCUUCAGUGGACACUGAAUUGGAAGGCAGAGGGUUUUUCUUGUUUUUGUUUUGUUUCCUUUGAGACUUGGGCAUCUCUUGACUCUACCCUCCCAAGAUUUCAGGAGCAGGCUGUGAGCUUAGCAGGGCAGAUCGUGUCCAGUGCUUGUUUUUCUGUACAGGAGACCUCAAGGCUGUCAGAGUGCUCUUGCGUGGUUAUUCCUGCAAGUUUCUUUCCCAGGAGCUUCCCGCAGGUGGGCAAUUAGCUGCAGGGACUACCGCAUCGCAGCCUGUUGAACUCCUAGCUAGAGAAGGGGAAACGGGAUAAAGGAAUUAGGAGGAAGAGUCAGCCAAGCUCAAGGAUGGAGGUUCAGUUAGGGCUAGGGAGGGUCUAUCCCCGGCCGCCAUCCAAGACCUAUCGAGGAGCUUUCCAGAACCUGUUCCAGAGCGUGCGCGAAGUGAUCCAGAACCCGGGCCCACGGCACCCUGAGGCCGCGAGUGCAGCACCUCCCGGCGCCCGUUUGCAGCAGCAGCAGCAGCAGCAGCAGCAGCAGCAGCAGCAGCAGCAGGAGACCAGUUCUCGGCAGCAGCAGCAGCAGCAACAGCAGCAGGGUGACGAUGGCUCUCCCCAAGCCCAGAGAAGAGGCCCCACAGGUUACCUGGCCCUGGACGAGGAACAGCAGCCUUCCCAACAACAGUCAGCCCCCAAGGGCCAUCCGGAGAGCGGCUGCGUUCCAGAGCGUGGAGCUGCUUCAGCCACCGGCAAGGGGCUGCAACAGCAGCAGCCAGCACCACCGGACGAGGAUGACUCAGCUGCCCCAUCCACGUUGUCCCUGCUGGGCCCCACUUUCCCGGGCUUAAGUAGCUGUUCCACCGAUCUUAAAGACAUCCUGAGCGAGGCCGGCACAAUGCAACUCCUUCAGCAGCAGCAGGAGGUAGUAUCCGAAGGUAGCAGCAGCGGGAGAGCGAGGGAGGCCGCUGGUGCUCCCACCUCGUCCAAGGACAGUUACCUAGGGGGCAGUUCGACCAUCUCGGACAGCGCCAAGGAGUUGUGUAAGGCAGUGUCGGUGUCCAUGGGCUUGGGUGUGGAGACAUUGGAGCAUCUGAGUCCUGGGGAACAGCUUCGGGGGGAUUGCAUGUAUGCCCCAAUCCUGGGAGGUCCACCCGCGGUACGUCCCUGCGCCCCGCUGGCCGAAUGCAAAGGUUCUCUGCUGGAUGACGGCGCAAGCAAGGGCACGGAAGAAACUGCUGAGUAUUCUCCUUUCAAGGCAGGUUAUGCCAAAGGGUUGGAUGGCGACAGCCUGGGUUGUUCGGGCACGAGUGAAGCCGGGGGCUCCGGAACACUUGAGCUGCCAUCCACCCUUUCUCUCUACAAGUCGGGAGCACUAGAUGAGGCGGCGGCUUAUCAGAAUCGCGACUACUACAACUUUCCGCUUGCCCUAGCCGGGCCGCCGCCCCCUCCGCCCCCUCCCCAUCCUCACGCCCGCAUCAAGCUGGAAAACCCGCUGGACUACGGCAGCGCCUGGGCGGCUGCCGCGGCACAAUGCCGUUACGGAGAUCUGUCGAGCCUGCAUGGUGGGGGUGCAGCGGGACCCAGCUCAGGAUCACCCUCCACCACCGCCUCCUCUUCCUGGCACACUCUCUUCACAGCCGAAGAAGGCCAGCUGUAUGGGCCCUGCGGCGGGAGCGGAGGCGGCAGCGCUGGCGAGGCAGGGUCUGUAGCCCCCUAUGGCUACACUCGGCCACCUCAGGGUUUGGCAGGCCAGGAAGGUGACUUCCCGCCACCUGAUGUGUGGUAUCCGGGCGGUGUGGUGAGCAGAGUUCCCUAUCCAAGUCCCAGCUGUGUCAAAAGCGAGAUGGGCCCCUGGAUGGAGAGCUACUCUGCACCCUAUGGGGACAUGCGUUUGGAGACUGCCAGAGAUCAUGUUCUACCCAUUGACUAUUACUUUCCACCCCAGAAGACCUGCCUGAUUUGCGGCGAUGAAGCUUCUGGCUGUCACUAUGGAGCUCUCACUUGUGGAAGCUGCAAAGUCUUCUUUAAAAGGGCAGCUGAAGGUAAACAGAAGUACCUGUGUGCCAGCAGAAACGAUUGCACCAUUGAUAAAUUUCGAAGGAAAAAUUGCCCAUCUUGUCGCCUCCGGAAAUGCUAUGAAGCAGGGAUGACUCUGGGAGCCCGGAAGCUGAAGAAACUUGGUAAUCUGAAACUACAAGAGGAAGGGGAGGCUUCCAGUGCCACCAGCCCCACUGAGGAGCCAACCCAGAAGUUGACAGUGUCACAUAUUGAAGGCUAUGAGUGUCAGCCCAUCUUUCUGAAUGUCCUUGAAGCCAUUGAGCCAGGUGUGGUGUGUGCUGGACAUGACAACAACCAGCCUGACUCCUUCGCAGCCUUGCUUUCUAGCCUUAAUGAAUUGGGUGAAAGACAGCUUGUACAUGUGGUCAAGUGGGCCAAGGCCUUGCCUGGCUUCCGCAACUUGCAUGUGGAUGAUCAGAUGGCAGUCAUUCAGUACUCCUGGAUGGGGCUUAUGGUGUUUGCCAUGGGCUGGCGGUCCUUCACCAAUGUCAACUCCAGGAUGCUCUACUUCGCCCCUGACCUGGUCUUCAAUGAAUACCGUAUGCACAAGUCCCGGAUGUACAGCCAGUGUGUCCGAAUGAGGCACCUCUCUCAAGAAUUUGGAUGGCUCCAGAUCACCCCCCAGGAAUUUUUGUGCAUGAAGGCACUGCUGCUGUUCAGCAUUAUUCCAGUGGAUGGGCUGAAAAAUCAAAAAUUCUUUGAUGAACUUCGAAUGAACUACAUCAAGGAACUUGAUCGUAUCAUUGCUUGCAAGAGAAAAAAUCCCACAUCCUGCUCAAGGCGCUUCUAUCAGCUCACCAAGCUCCUGGACUCUGUGCAACCUAUUGCACGAGAGCUGCAUCAGUUCACUUUUGACCUGCUAAUCAAGUCCCACAUGGUGAGCGUGGACUUUCCAGAAAUGAUGGCAGAAAUCAUCUCUGUGCAAGUGCCCAAGAUUCUUUCUGGGAAAGUCAAGCCCAUCUAUUUCCACACACAGUGAAGCUUUGGAAGCACCCAUUUUCUCACCCCACCCCACUCCCCUUUUCAGAUAUCUUCUGCCUGUUAUAACUCUGCACUACUUCUCUGCAGUGCCUUGGGGAAUUUCCUCUUUUGAUGUACCGUCUAUCAUGAAGAUGUUCCUGAGUUCUAUUUGCUGCACUUUUCCCCCUCUUUUCCUCCUUUCUCUUUUUUUCCCUUCCUAUCUGACCCUCCCAUGGCACUUUCAGACUCUGCUCCCCGCCAUGGCUCUUAUCUGUGUUUUGAAUGGUGUUGUAUUUCUUUAAAUCUGUGAUGAUCCUCAUGUGGCCCAGUGUCAAGUUGUGCUUGUUUAUAGCACUGCACUGUGUGCCAGCCACACAAACGUUUACUCACCUAAUGCCACGGGAAGUUUAGAGAGCUGAGUAUCUGGGAAAACAAAACAAACAACCCCCCUAAAACCAAAAGUCCUGUAGGGUUUUUUCCUCUUAAAAAAUAUAAAACAAACAGAAUCUCCCCCCACCCCCCAAAAGGCCAACAGUGACUAGAAUAAGGUGAAAAUUGUAAGCCCAUGGAGAGUCACUGCUUUUUAUUUUUCCAAGUUUAGCCUCCCUGGGAGACUUUAUUUUCUGCCAAUGGCUAUUGCCAUUAGAGGGCAGGAUGACCCCAGAGAUGAGUUAGGAGGGAGGAGACAGAUUUAAGAGAGGACAAAGAGGACAGAUGGAUCACCAGUACCUGCCCACAGCCUUGGCCUCUGAUGGCUAGACUCUUAACUGCAGUGCAAAUCAUUGUACUGAAAAUGUGCUUCUUGUUUGAAAAUGUGUCUGCAUGUGAACGCCUCCCCUCCAGCCAGUCCUUUUUCUCACCCUCUGCCUCCACCCUCAAAUUGACUUUCAAUAAGCUUUUCUAAGAGCUUUGAACUGAAUGUUCUCUUCAGCCAAAACUUGGCCACUUCCACUGAAGAGUCAGACUAAUAAGAAGGAAAGGAGAGAUCUGACCCUUUGGAAGGCCCUAUCCAGAGCCAGGUCUGCUUUCCCAUUUGUUCAGGGAAGAGGCUGGGGCCAGAGUAAGGGGAAAAAGAAUCAGUGGGUUGGUUGGUUGGUUGGUUGUUUUCCUGCUUAGGGCGUUGAAGAGCUGAUCACUCUUUGCCCUUAUCUUUAAAAGACCUGAAUGUUUUUUGCCUGACUCCAUGCAGCUGCAAGCUCCCUCUUACCCUCUCUUCAGUGUUUUGUGGGCCUGGACUUCACCAGACUAUAUGACAGCCAUGGUGGUGAUGUUUGUCCAUUUAUUUGGGCAUGUUAACAGACUCUCUGCUAAGAGCUAUUACCACCAAGAAGGCUAGCAAGCCAGCAGUUUUGACAUCUAUCUCUAGAUGCCACUAAGCUCAAAGACUACUUACCAAAUGUCUUUCACCAACUAUCAGAUCUCUGAAGCCCUUGGACAAACUGGAAAGAAGACAUUGAUGGGACUGGACAAGCUGGGAAUCUUGCCCUUGUCCCCUAGAGAUGACACCUUCCCACCAAGUGGAAAAAUACCUACUUCUUCCUUCAGAGCAGCUAAAGGGGGCUAUGCAGGUCAGGGUUAAAGAGAAAACUCAAUUACCAGGGUGAGAAGAAUGAAGGCACUAGAACCAGAAACCCUGUAAAUGCUGUCCUUGCCACCCAGCAUUUCCACCUGCAGAAGUCAUGGGAAGAAUAGAGAAGAAACUAAGAGGAGACUAACUACUAAGUUAAAGUCUUCAAAGGCAAAAUCUAAAGCCAGAUGGGCACCAUCUGGUUGGUUUACUCAUCAUCCUCCUCUGCUGCUGAUCCUGGGUUCUGACAUCGGCCAUACUCACUCAGAGACCCCACCUUUUUUGCUGCCUCGCAGCCAGAGGGAAGCUGAAACAUUUAUACUAUAGAACCAUGACCUCCUUUGGAAAGGUCUGGUUUGUGUGGCUCCAGUGGGCUGCCAUCCAUGAACUCAGGGUGUGCUCCUGGGACACUGGUUUCAUAUGGUCCUUUGGCACACCUCUCUUUUGCUGACUUUGUCCCCCAGUCCUGAGUUCAGGGGGAAUGUCUGCCUACUUUCUCAUCUUGGCAACUGCCUCCUUAUUUAGCUCUUAUAUUCAUCUGCUAAAUUCAAGAAAUUAGGGGCCAGUUACCAAGCUGCCCAUUUCAGUUGAUUCACUCUACUUGUUGAGAGGACAGUUUCUGAGUGACAUGCUAUUAUCUACAUGUGUUUCCUUCCCUGAUUUCUGUGUUGAUAUUAAUAGCCAAAUGAACUUGCAAAACAGCUUCUUUAAAUAACAAGGGACAGGGAACCUAAGAUGGGUGAUAUACCAAUCCAAGACUGCUGGACAAAACUAAAAUUGACAGGUUCUCUUUCUGGGAUAGGAUAGACAAAUUCUGUUUUUUUUCAUUAGGACAUCAUUUGGCUUAUAUAAGCUCACAAGAUUACUUCUGGCUGUUUUAAACAGAAAAAAAAUCCAUCACUUUUCAGUUAUGCUAGGUUAUAGUUUAAUAGUUCCUUUACAUCUGUUUUAAAAUUAUUUUCAUCUUUUAUGGUACAUCGACUUGAUUAUAUCAUUCUAAUAUCUCUCCUUGUAAAUACUAGAUGCUCUCCUUUUUAUUUCUCUGACUACCAAAUUUUUCACCUUUAUGGAUUUCCCAAUUGUGACUCUUAUCUUUAUGAAUAUAUAUGUUUUGCAUUUGUGAAAGCCAAAAAUCAGUGAAACAGCAGUGUAGUUAAAAACAGCAACAACUAACUACUCUGAAUUUCUGAAUGGCAAGACUAGGGAAAAACAGCCUAAACAAGGCUUUAGGCCUAGUGUUUCUGUUAGGGUUUCAGUGAGUGAAGGAGAUUUUAGUAUGGCUUUGUUCUCCCACGGAUAAAAGGGGGAUUUUUUUUUUCUUUUAAUCAUUGAUGUUCUUGCCAGUGUAAUUGACAGAAGUCUCAUUUUGCAUGCACUCUGCUGUACAAACAGUUGAUGUGGUUGGUACACUGUGCUUAUCCGUGAAGGAUCGGCCACCUAGACCCACUCACCUGGUGAGCUGAAAGAUGAAGAUCACUCACCAGACAAGUCGUGGUAACUACCUCCGAAGAGGUUUGCAGUGCUCAAUGGGGAUGGACUGAGGAACAGAAAACGAAGGAGCACCAGGGACAAGGCCCCAUCUGUGCUAGACGACAGACAGCCACCAGAGUCACAAAGUCUGUGACCAAAGAAAAGAGUCCUGUGGGCUGUUUCAGCUCUUGAUCAAUGAGCAGCUCUCCCAGGCCUGGUCUCUGAGCUGAAACAGGGGUUGUGUUCUUUGUUCCAUAACUUUUCUGUGCCACAGACAGUAUCAUUGUUCUUGAAUAGUUCAUUAUUUUUCUAAUGAGAAUGUAAUUUUUUGAAGGAUUCUGUCAUAUAUCUUUGAAAAAGAAAAUCAGUAAUUCACAUAUUUUUAUGUAUGUUCACUGGCACUAAAACAGAAAGGGUAAGAGCUUUUUUCUGUCCUUUGGAUAGUUGCUGAGGUGGUUCCAGGUUGAGAAAUAAUGUGCUUAUGCUAGAGUCCCUCUCUGUCCAUAUUCUACUUCUAAAUACUUAUAGGCUUAUGUAGCAAGAAGUAUUCUAUUUACACUUAAACACAAAGUAGUUUCAUCAUCCACAUGAUAGUAACACUACACGAAUGAUCUAACUUUGAGAUUUAAGUAACUUCUGUUUGUUUGUUUCAUUAACCACAGCACAGAUAUGGUCUUGCCCUCUUUUCUCCUUUGAUAUUCUGCAGGGCUCAAAAGCCGAAGCCACUUCCCUCUACCCCUUUCCAUCCCUGUGCCAGGGUUGCACUUCAUGAGACUCUCCAGAUAGCCCUGUAACCAUCCCUGCAUGGCUCUGGGGAGACAAUAGGCUGACUACUAAUUAUCUUGUGCCAGUUGCCCAGGUGAGAAGGCACUAGGCCAAAAGAGCGGCCUUUGUGCUCAACCCCCUGUAAAGGGUUAUGACAACCAGGAAUGCUAAAGAACAGGAUCAAAUCCCAAACUUAAAGUCAAAAUAAGCCAUUUAUCAUGUGCAUUUUCUUGUAAAAGGAAGUUUCUGCCCCUGUUGCCUUUUAUAGGCAGGUCUGUUUCUCACCACUAAUCUCUUUGAAAAUCUUUGAAAGCAGUUAAAAAAAAAAGACAAAGAGAUGAAAGCAUCACAUUAUGUAGCCAAAGAUUACACUGUAUCUGCUAAGAUACCAAAAUUUAAGAGCAGGGAGGGAACAAGCAUUAGUGCCUCUUUGGUGAACUACCCAAAGACAGACUAAAGGACUUUGUUGUUGACUGACUUAUAAGAGUUUCAUGGGUUUUCCCCCCAACAAUAUACAUGCUUAGAAAAGUGGAAGACAAUUUUGGAAAAACUGGGUUUAUAGGUCCUUCACUAUGUGAUUUUAUAAGCAGAACUAGCUUUCCUUUUCUCUAGUAGUCGCUGAGCAAAUUCUUAAAGCUCCAUUAUUGCAUGGUUGGAAAUGGAGCUGUUGGCCACUGUGUUUGCUAGUGUCCAUGUUUGCAUAUCUGAAGAUGUGAAGCCCUUGAUGAGAAGGGGAGCAUUUAAAGGACUAGAUUUUGCACUAAAGGGACAGCAGGCAGAAAUAUUCAUUUCUGCACACUUUGGACGGCACAAAAAGUUCUCUUGGGUUUAAGGCAGAAGGUUGAAAUAUAUUGUAAAUGAGUAUUUGUAUCCAUGUUUUGAAAUUGAAUUAUAUAUGUAUAGAUAUAAAGUGUUCUGAUAGCUUUAUCUUUCUCUGCACCUUUAUAUUUGGUUCCAGGUCAUAACUGAUACCAUGUACUUGUGAGAGAGGCUACAGUUACAUUUUGGAAACUCUCUCAGAAUGGAAAAGAUACCUGGGUUGAUCAGAUAACUAAGAGAUCUCUGUCUCUAUUGGGCCCUUACCAGUAGGCCUAACGGAGGAGCAGAGAAGGAAAAGACUAGGGUACAUGAUGUAUUGCACUUUACUAGCCCAAGACAGAUGAAUGUUUAAAGGGUGGUGAAGACUAAUUGGAAUCAACUGGGAUUUCCCACAGAGAAGGCCCAGACUUGGGGCCAAAGACCCACCCAAAUGAUUAACCGAUGGACCCCUAAUGGGACCUGAGGAUUGGAAGAAAGAGAAACAUUCUUUGUUCUUCACCAUCCUUGUAAGAAAAAGGUAGUUUCCUGCACUUGGGAACCUGGAGCAAGUGCUCCAUCUUUUACACAAUCCACUCACCUAUGAUUGAGGUGCUUUUGCUACUGGGUGUCUGUGUGCUCUAAUUUUGCUUUUGGAUGUGUUCUGUAAAGAUUUUGACAAUGAAAAUGUGUUUUUAUCUGUCAAAAAAAAUUGUCAGUGUACAAGAAGUUGUAUCUCUAUAGAUGCAGGUCCAUCUCUGCCCUUGGGUAGGGAUGUUUUUCUUAAUUAAGAAAUUGACACUGGGGUCUGCUGCCCAGAGCCUCCCAACAUCAAACCAUUUCUAGGUGAAGGCAGAAAAUUCCACAUUAGUCACUCCUCGUCCUCAGAUGCUUAUGCUGAAGUAACAAACCAUUUGGAAUGUCCCUGCCCUCAUAAAUUAGUGAUAAGUAUUUAAAUUUAGCAGAUAGACUUUUAAAGGGAAAAACAACCUUGGACACAGUUUUGAUUUAUUCCCAUUCGAUUUAGCCAGAAAGUAGGUAGUAUGCAUUGAUUGGUUACCAACCCCAAUUCAGUAUAAGAGGAGGCCUGAUCCCUUUCCUUACCACACCUGUCUCUUAGCCUUUUAUAGAAUUAAAUGAGAAGCUGUGGACUGAGUAGCCCUUGUAGCCUAAAACAGUCCCCACCUGCACUAAUUCAUGAGGUUGGCUGUUAGGCGCCUACAGAUUCCACUGGCCACCCAAAACUGAAACACACAUGUACCCCCAAAGGAAAGAAAUUCCUAAAAAAUUGCUGCUUCUCCUGUGGUGCCCUCCCUGGAGGCUGCUUUACAUUUUGGGACUCUACCCUGUACUGCAGGCAGGCCAGGCCUGUAGUCUUUCCCAACCUUAGCCCUUGGUGCUAACUGUCCUGUAGUGAAGUGCCUGUGGGAUUGUCCUAUCUCAUAAGUCACUCAGGUGCUGAGAGUAGCCACCAUUGGCAUAACCCAAGCUAAAAAAAAAAAAAAAAAAGAGAGAGAGAGAGACUUCUCACCAUUCAAUGACACCUUUCUGCUUUCCCCUAGACUGGGACAUUAAUUAGGGAGUGCCUCAGAUGUGACAUUGUUGUGCUGUCUUUGAGAUUAAUUUGGCGGCAAGAGGGAGCAGACAAUGCAACCAGAUGCAAGAAUUAAUUUUCAAUGUUGAGGGAAAAAUUAAGAAAAAAAGAAAGCAUCAUAUAAAGAUUUUUUUUAAGAAACAUUAAUUUUGCUUAAAACUUCUUUUGAUUGGGCUUAAGUUCUUACAGCGGCACUUGGCCUCCACUGGGUAGCAGGACCAGCCCCAAGCACUAGUGCUCUGUUAUUAUUAUUAUUAUUUUUUUUGUAAUCUUGGAAUCUUUUGUCGCUCUAAAUACAAUUAAAAAUGGCAGAAACUUGUUUGUUGGAAUACAUGUGUGACUCUG